AUGCGCCUUAUACUAGUCCGGGCGCUGUCAAGGCUCAAGUUGACUAAGGUGGCGUCGGGGAUCAUUGCCAUCUGGGUGGUGGCCUGGACGCCCUACGCGGUGGUGUCCCUGCUCGGCAUCUUCAGGCAGCGGGCCCUCAUCACGCCCCUCGUCUCCAUGGUCCCCGCCUUCUUCUGUAAGACUGCGGCGUGUCUCGACCCCUUCAUCUACGCUCUCUCCCACCCGCGAUUCAAGGUCAUUACAAGUGUCCAGGCGGAGCUGAACAAAAGGCUGAUGUGGCGCCGACGUCACCUGAUGGGGGGCGUGAGGAACGGCAUGACGCAAGGCUUCUCCGCGAGCACCUUCAGCGAGAUGCGCGAGGAGCGGGAGCUGUCCGACGUGCAGGCGUGGGGCAACUUCGACCCGUCGUCCUCGUCGCUGGGGCCGCUGCUGCAGCGCAACACGUCCUGCACCAGCAACCCCACCUGGACCGCACCCGCCGCAGGGACCCCGCCAGCUCCCGGGAGCAAGAGCCUGGCGUCGCCCAUAUCAGCGGAAAUCUACCCCCGGAAGAGCCUCUCCACCUACAGCUUCAGGAGCGUCUCGAGGACAGCAAGCUGUUCCUUUAGCGCCGGUCUUGAACAGGUCAGCCUGUGCACGCAGCCUCCUGCCCACGUGUGGACCACCUCCCAGACGCCGUUCAUGAUUGAAAACGGCGCGCACACACUCACACCGGGCGUGGGGUCGCGGGCCGCCGGCGUGGCAGCCCCGUGA